GAUUCAUAGCGGAACUUGCAGCAUUGAAAUCGGUUCACGUUACACGUUGCUGCAGUCGGUUGACGAAAUUGUUCUGCAUUCGCAUUUAAUUCUCGAAAACUUAACAAAUUAAAGCAGCAAAAUGAAGCUAAUGACCGCCAAGGAGGUGCGCAAUGCCUACCUGGACUUCUUCAAGGAGCAGAAGCACAUCUAUGUACACUCCUCCAGCACGAUUCCGCUGGAUGAUCCAACGCUACUCUUCACCAACGCCGGCAUGAAUCAGUUUAAGCCCAUUUUUUUGGGCACAGCGGAUCCGAACAGCGAAAUGUCGAAAUGGGUGCGUACGGUUAACACGCAGAAAUGCAUCCGAGCUGGCGGCAAGCACAACGACUUGGAUGAUGUGGGCAAGGAUGUGUAUCAUCACACGUUCUUUGAGAUGCUGGGCAAUUGGUCGUUUGGCGAUUACUUCAAGAAGGAGAUCUGCUCGUGGGCCUGGGAAUUCCUCACCGAGCGCCUGCGGCUGCCCAAGGAUCGACUGUAUGUGACCUAUUUUGGUGGAGAUGCAGCCAGUGGUUUGCAACCGGAUUUGGAGUGCAAACAAUUCUGGAUGGACUUGGGCUUGAAGCCGGAACACAUUCUGCCCGGUAGCAUGAAGGACAACUUCUGGGAGAUGGGCGAAACGGGGCCGUGUGGCCCCUGCUCUGAAUUGCACUUUGAUCGCAUUGGUGGACGGAGCGUGCCGGAGUUAGUGAAUCAGGAUGAUCCCGAUGUUUUGGAGAUUUGGAAUUUGGUGUUCAUUCAGUUCAAUCGCGAAUCCGACGGCAGCUUAAAGCCGCUGCCCAAGAAGCACAUCGAUUGCGGCAUGGGCUUCGAGCGACUCGUUUCCGUCAUUCAAAACAAACGCUCCAACUACGAUACGGACUUGUUUGUGCCGCUCUUCGAUGCCAUCCAGGCGGGCACUGGUGCUCCCGCCUAUCAGGGACGUGUCGGCGCCGAUGAUGUGGACGGCAUCGAUAUGGCCUAUCGCGUUCUCGCCGAUCAUGCCCGCACCAUAACCAUUGCCUUGGCCGACGGCGGCAAUCCCGAUAACACGGGCCGCGGCUACGUGCUUCGUCGCAUCCUGCGACGUGCAGUGCGCUACGCAACGGAAAAGCUGAAUGCCAAGCCCGGUUUCUUUGCCUCGCUGGUGAGCACCGUUGUCGAUUUGCUGGGCGAUGCCUUUCCUGAGGUCAAGAAGGAUCCGCAGCACAUAAUGGACAUUAUUAAUGAGGAGGAGCUGCAGUUCCUGAAGACACUAACACGUGGCCGCAAUUUACUCAAUCGCACUAUUGAGAAACUGGGCACCAGCCAGACAACCAUACCCGGCGACGUGGCCUGGCGUCUCUAUGAUACAUACGGUUUUCCGGUUGAUCUCACCCAGCUAAUGGCUGAGGAGAAGUCGCUGCAAAUUGAUAUGGCUGGCUAUGAGGCAGCCAAACAGAAUUCCUAUAUACUCUCGCAGGGCAAGGGCGCCAGCAAAAUCGAUGAGAUCACUCUGGAUGUGCAUGCGAUCUCCGAGUUGCAGGAGAAGGGUUUACCUUCCACAGAUGACUCAUUUAAAUACAAUUACGAGGCUGUUUCCGUUGAGCGGGAUGCGGCCUACAAUUUCAGUGAAUGCACCAGUAAAAUUGUCGCUCUGCGCUUUGAGAAUAAGUUUGUUCAGGAGAUUAGCAGCGGGCAGAAGGCGGGCAUUGUGCUCGAUAAGACGAACUUCUAUGCGGAAAGCGGUGGCCAGAUCUACGAUCAGGGUGUGCUCGUCAAACUCAAUGAUGAGGCAAAUGAAUUUCUGGUGGAUCGUGUUUACAAUCGUGGCGGUUACAUCCUUCACAUUGGCGUCGUUGAGGGCAACUUGGCUGUGGGCGAUGAGUUACAGCUGCAUAUCGAUGUGGAGCGUCGUUGGCUAACCAUGAAGAAUCAUUCGGCCACACAUGCGCUCAAUCAUUGUCUGCUGCAGGUGCUGGGCAAGGAUACGGAGCAGAAGGGUUCGCUGGUGGUGCCAGAGAAGCUGCGCUUUGACUUCAAUUGCAAGGCAGCCAUGACCAUCGAUCAGGUGGCCAGAACUGAGAAACUUACACGCGACAUGGUCUAUCAAAAUAUGCCCAUCUAUGCCAAGGAGUCGCAGUUGGCUUUGGCCAAGCGCAUACGCGGCUUGCGCUCCGUCUUUGAUGAGGUGUAUCCGGAUCCGGUGCGUGUCAUCUCCUUUGGCGUGCCAGUGGAUCGACUGGAAUCGCAGCCCGACGCUGAGACUGGCGAGCAAACCUCUGUGGAAUUCUGUGGCGGCACCCAUCUGCGCAACUCGGGACACAUCAUGGACUUUGUCAUCAGCAGCGAGGAAGCCAUUGCCAAGGGUAUACGUCGCAUUGUCGCCCUAACUGGCCCCGAGGCAUUGAAAGCUAUCAAAAAAUCGGAGGCAUUUGAGCAGGAGAUCAGCCAACUCCAAGCGACAAUUGAGGCUGAUCAAUCCGGCAAAGAAUCGAAGAUGUAUGUGAAGCUAAUUGUCGAACUGACCGAACAAAUCUCGCAUGCAACCAUUCCGCAUGUCAAGAAGGAUGAGAUGCGCAAUCUGCUCAAGCUGCUCAAGAAGAGUCUGGAUGACAAGGAGCGUGCGCUUCGUGCCGCCGUCUCGGUGACCGUUGUGGAGCGCACCAAGGCACUCUGCGAGGCCGAGCCACAGGCCAAGGUGUUGGUCCACCAACUGGAGGCCUACAACAAUACAAAGGCGCUGGAUGCUGCCCUGAAACAGGUGCGUCUGCAGUUACCCGAGGCUGCAGCCAUGUUCGUUUCAGUUGAUGCCGACAGCAAGAAGAUCUUCUGCCUGUGCUCGGUGCCCAAGGCUGCCGUGGAGAAGGGUCUGAAGGCCAACGAAUGGGUGCAGCAUGUCUCCUCUAUCCUCGGCGGCAAGGGUGGCGGCAAAGCCGAGUCGGCUCAGGCCUCGGGCAGCAAUUUUGAGCGCGUCGACGAGAUUGUCCAGUUGGCCAAUCAAUUUGCCCAGGCAAAAUUGAAUUAAAUAUUAACUGAAUUUUUCUACUCAAAUGAUUAUUCAUACCACAACCCGAUAUAUUAUAGACUGUUGCAAACGGUCAAAUCUGCUGCAUUUCUUAAUGAACUUGCUUAUUGACAAACAUAAAUAAAAUAUUCAUAAAAUCUUUUUCAC